AUGUCUCUCCUUUAAGGUGUUAUAAAGAAAAAACUUGCUAUGUCUAAAGAAAACAUAGUCUUUUCAUCAGAAGACUCUUUUAAUACUGAUAAUUCAUUUAAUUCAUCAGUAGAAAAUGAUAACACAGAUGACUAUAAAAAUACUUUUUUUCAUUUAAAGGAGCAAAUGAACCAAUUGUUUAUUGCAAAUCCUGAGCUUUAAGACAAUCUCACUUUUGAAUCUUUUGAUCCUGAGUAAUAUGAAAACGACCAAAGAGACGAGGAAGAAAAAAAAAAGUAGAAAAUGGAUCUACAUACAAACCCUAUCUAAUAAAUACCAAAACCAAAUUAUGUGACAGAAUAAACAAAAUUGGAAGAAUUAAAGAAGCUAAAAGAUAAGGAACAAAAAUAGAAAUCAAAAUUAUGGUCUUCCUUAAGCAAAAAUAUAGUAAGAAAUGGGCACUAUUCUACAAAAAUACCAACUCUUGAAACAGUAAAUCACAGGUUAAAUGUUUAUAAACAUGAAAUAGAAAGGGUUGACUAUAUAGAUAUUUUAACUAAAGAAAAUAUGCCUCCUUCUUCUUCAUCAAAAAAUCCUUUGAGCAGAAGAAGCAGUGAUAUGAAUAUAAAUGAACCUACUUAAUAGCAGCUUACAACUACAAAUUAAAUAUAAACUUAAUCAUAAAAUACAAAUGCAAAUAAGAAAGAAAAUAAAUCUGUAGAGAGCAGUGAGGAAGAAGAGGAGUAAUUGAACCCAGGUGGAGAAAUAGAAUAUUUCUCAUUUAAAAAGAAAAUGCAAAUGAAAGCUAAAGAAUUACGUGAAAAAUAAGAAAUGCUGAAAGAGAAAAAAAGAUAAAAGAAAAGACAUGCUGUCACAACUCGUGGAUUUGCUGCAAUAGCUUAAUUACAAGAAUAAUUAGAAAAUAAUCCUAAUACAGAUAGAAAGUAAUUAUUUGCACAACUACGAUCUUCAAGUUAAAUGCUAAAUCCUGCUUUAUUUAAUAAUACUGCCACUUUAGGAGAAAAGAGAUCUUCUAUAUCACCUGCUAAACAAAAAACAAGUUAAUCAAGCUCAAGUCAAUUACCAAAUAAUAAUACAUCUCCUCAACCUCGUAAAUCUGUAUUUAAUAGACUUGUGAAUUAAGGUGGUUAAAUCAAAACAUCGAACAGCGGAGAUUUUACUAUAGAUGCAAAUAAGCUGGAGCAGCAUGAGUCCGGAGAUUAAUUUCACUCUAAAAUAGGCAAAGCUCUCUAUCUUGCUAUGUAAUAAAGUAAAGGAGAUAAGGAAAGUUUUAGAAAGCUAGCUUAAAAUACUCUUCGAGAUUACAAUAAAAGUAAAGCUAAUUUAUUCAAAGCAAAAAAAUUCCCUCCUUCACUACCCAAAUUUACUUAAGAGGAUAAUAUCCACUUAAAUUAACUCUUACCAGAUUUUAAUAACCCUAUGUUUGUUGCAAAUAAGUCAGAUCCCUUUGAAGAAAUAAAAGAUUUUUAACCUGCACCAAACUCAAGUGAAUCAGAGUUUCUUACCGUAAUUGAUAAAAUAUAAAAAGGAAAGUUGGUAAAUUUAUGGAAGUAGCAACAGGCCUUUUGA